GGGAAACGAGCCGGCACCGUUUCACAUCAUUAAAACCUUUUUCUUAAUAACCUUUUCCCAAAACAAAAUUAAAAAAAAAACUUUUUGAAAAAAUCGAUUUUGCCUUCAUCUUCUCGGCUCCGUCGUCAUCAUCAAUCUUUCCUUCUUCACUUUUCUCUGAAACCUAAUGGAUGAGAUUCGCGUAAAACAAGAGAAUCCUCCUCCCACUACUUCCCUUAACGGAAUCAAACCCUCCGUUAUCGAUCUCUGCAGCAGCGACGAAGAAGACGACGACAACGCCGACAACAACAACGGCGGCGAUGCUUCUAUUCUCGUCGGCGAGAAGAGAGCGCGGAGCGGUGCUACCGUCAACAAUACUCCGGCGAAGAGGGUAGCGGUUGAGGAGGAGGAAGGGUUCGGGCAAUCGCCGGAGGAGGAGCGAGCGAUAGUGGCUCUUCCCGCGACGCCUUGUAACGUCGUGAGGCCUUCUUCUUCGUCUACGCCGUCGUGCAAGCAGUUCUGGAAAGCAGGGGAUUACGAAGGAACCUCUGGUGGUCACUGGGAAGUCUCUGCAGGUGGGUUUGAUCAUGUGAGAGUACAUCCCAAGUUCUUGCAUUCUAACGCCACUAGUCACAAGUGGGCUCUCGGAGCUUUUGCUGAGCUUUUAGACAAUGCUCUAGAUGAGGUUCACAGUGGAGCUACAUAUGUUAAUGUCAACAUGCUAAACAAUAAGAAAGAUGGAAGCAGGAUGGUCUUGAUUGAAGAUAAUGGAGGUGGGAUGAAUCCUGAGAAGAUGCGUCACUGCAUGUCUCUCGGAUACUCUGCCAAGAGCAAACUUGCUAACACUAUUGGACAGUAUGGCAAUGGAUUCAAGACUAGUACUAUGAGACUCGGAGCUGAUGUUAUUGUCUUCUCACGUUGCCCUGGAAAAGAUGGAAACAGCUUUACACAGACAAUUGGGCUGCUGUCAUACACAUUUCUGAAGAGCACAGGAAAAGAAGACAUUGUUGUACCCAUGCUCGACUACGAAAGAAAAGGUUCAGAAUGGAGUCCAAUAUUACGGUCUUCACUUAGUGACUGGAAUAAGAACGUGGAAACGAUACUUCAAUGGUCGCCAUUCUCUACUGAAGAUGAACUUCUUUGCCAGUUUAAUCUCAUGAAGCAGCAUGGCACAAGGAUAAUCAUAUAUAACCUCUGGGAAGAUGACCAAGGACGGCUAGAACUUGAUUUUGACACGGAUCCACAUGAUAUCCAACUUAGAGGGGUUAAUCGGGAUGAGAAAAGUAUUAGUAUGGCUACUCAGUACCCUAACUCUAGACACUUCCUCACAUACAAGCAUUCACUCAGAAGUUAUGUAUCCAUACUGUACCUAAGAGUUCCACCUGAGUUCCGUAUCAUUCUCCGAGGAAGAGAUGUUGAGCAUCACAACAUUGUGAAUGACAUGAUGCACACAGACCAAAUCACUUAUCGUCCAAAAGAAGGUCCCGGUGGACAAUCUAAUUUCGCAAAUGUAUGUUUUUUUCACAACUUAGUUAUACCCCCAAUAGACUUCUUCCUGCAGUUUCUAAAAUAUAACAAUAUUUGGUUGUGUGUGUGCAAUUUUUUACAACAGAUGUCUGCUGUUGUGACAAUUGGAUUUGUUAAGGAUGCAAAACAUCACGUUGAUGUUCAAGGCUUCAAUGUUUACCACAAGAAUCGCCUUAUUAAGCCAUUUUGGAGGAUAUGGAACGCAGCAGGAAGUCAAGGUCGUGGGAUCAUAGGUGUUUUGGAAGCUGAUUUCGUUGAGCCUGCUCAUGAUAAGCAAGGUUUUGAGCGUACAACAGUUUUGUCUAGGCUCGAGACACGUCUUCUUAUAAUGCAGAAGACUUAUUGGAGAUUGAACUGUCACAAAAUCGGAUAUGUUUCAGCACAGGGCAAAAAGUCCGUUAAAGACUCUGAAGACAGAGAAUCAUCGCCAGAAUAUGCAGUCUCAACCAGGAAAAGAGCUGCUGCAUCGACGAGCUUUAAAACUCCAACAACUGCUGCAGAGAAAUUCGAGUCAAGGACAAAAGUGAGUCGAGGAGGAAAAGGAUCUGUUAGAGAUUCUAAAGGGGUCGGUUCAUCUGAGAAAAAUGGUAAACAUGGAAACACCUCUUCCAAAUUUAAUAAACGAGCAAAGCCUCGAGGAUCUCCUCCAGCUGUAGAAGAUAUCAACAGUGAUGCUGACUCAGAAGACGAUCUUUCGGGUGAAGAAAAUGGCACUGAACUUCCCGAGAAGAGCUUCGAACCACCCAAGCCACGUUCUACUGAUUCACGUACCCUCAGUCAACUGGAGCAAGAGAAUGAAACGUUAAAAGAGAGGCUAAAUAAAAAAGAAGCAGUUUACUUGUUGUUGCAAGAAGAGCUGCGACGUGAGAAAGAGCUUCGCAAGAAACUUGAAGCUGAGGUUCAAAGAACAAAAGACGAGUUAGAAGAAGUGAAGAAAGAGCAAGAGAGUUUAAUCGACAUAUUCUCAGAGGAUAGAGACAGACGCGACAAGGAGGAAGAAGAUCUCAGAAAUAAGCUUGAGGAGGCCCGAGGGAGACUUUAGUGGUCUGGAACUAGCUCGGAACGAUGUCGCUGCAUGGAGGAUAGCAUUGACUCGUUACUCGUUUGUUUUUCUUUUUUUCUUUUUUUUUUUGUGGUGGCACAGUGUUGUCUCUUACCCAACCACACCGGAGUUAGUAGAGAAAGUAGGGUAUUGUAAGAGUUCAAUUUCCAACAAAUACUCACACAUUGGGUAUUCCAGUAUAUUCCAGUCAAUGUAACUAGGAUCUUCAAAUUGAUUUACCAAUUGAAUUAAAAAUGUGCUUUUGAAUUUAA